AUGACAGGAUACAAAGAGCCCGUUGUGCCGAAUGGGUCGUCGUUCAAGCCGAUGAACAUACCAGGUCUCACGUUGGCGCAACCGAGGCAGAGUAAUGCGCCCAAGAAUGCGCCCAAAGGCCCCAAGAAGAAGAGUAAAGCGGCUGCAGACGCAAAAAUCCCCAAAGGCCCAAAAGCAAUGAUCCAGGCCCCUCCAGCUCAACGCCGUUCUUCAUCACCCCACAAGAUCCCAAGCAAAGCUUCUGGGGGUGUUCCUGACCCUACCCCCCAAUAUAUAGCACAAGCGAACCUCAGCCCCGAACGACUCCCUCAACCGCGCCGCAUUCUUAUUAUUAUGGACCUCAACGGUACUCUCCUCUAUCGGCCCAACAAGCGCCGGCCCUUCGACUUUGUCGAGCGACCUCAUGCAAAGACCUUCAUGAAAUACUGCCUCGACGCUUUCCAUGUUGCGAUAUGGUCCUCAGCCCGUCCUGAAAACGUCAACAAGAUGGUUGAACAGCUCCUCACACCUGAACAGCGUGAGCGGGUUCUUGUUGUUUGGGGUCGUGAUUCUUUUGGUCUAUCGGAGGGCGAUUAUAAUGCAAAGGUGCAAGUCUACAAACGCCUCACGACCGUAUGGACUAAUCCACGGGUGAGGGCUGCUCAUUCCCAGGCUCAUAAGGGAGGUCUUUGGAACCAGACCAACACUAUUUUGGUUGAUGACUCGUUAGAAAAGGGCCGGAGUGAACCAUUCAACACGCUUACACUUCCAGAGUUCUCCGGCCUGACUACGGAAAUGCCCAAUGUUUUGCCCCAGGUUCACGAUUACCUGAAUGAACUGGCCUACCAGGCGGAUAUCAGCCGCUUUGUAAGACAGUCACCUUUCAAGCUUGAUCCAGCUUAUGUAUUGCCAGAGCAUACAGCCUAG